GGUUAGGCUUAUCACCUUUCUCUACUAAUCUGAUGGGUUCGUUCCCUUCCCCUCCAUGGCCGACACCACCACCACCAUCACCUGAAAUCGAUUCUUCUCGUUAUCGAGUUCUCGUGGCUUUUUGUCCUAAAGAAGGAAGGUCUAAUACUAAAAUUUUCAACUGCAUACAGUGUUAUAAUCCAUCUGACAAUACAUGGAGUCAUGUUACCUUGAUUCCAAACCUACUUGAAAAUCAUGUCUUGAAGGGCUUUGCGAUGGUUUCUCUUGGAGAGUCUAUUUACAUUAUCGGUGGGAGGUUGUGGCACAAAAGAAAGCCUCAAAAUUCAAGUGAUUUUGAUGAAUUUGUCGAUGCUGGUGUCCAAGUGUCGCCUUUAGUACUCUGUUACAAUGUUCGAUUGGACCAAUGGUUCAGUUGUGCAACAUUGGGCGUUCCACGGUACGAUUUUGCUUGUUGUGUUUGUGAAAAUAAAAUUUAUGUGGCUGGAGGAAAGUCCAAUUUGGACAGUUCUAGAGGGAUUUCAUCGGCUGAGGUGUAUGAUCCUGCCUUUGACGAAUGGACUCCAUUGCCUAGCAUGAGUAGUUUGAGAUACAAAUGUGUUGGGGUGACAUGGCAAGGGAAAAUCUAUGUGAUGGGCGGUUUCGCCGAAAGAGGUGAUUCGGAUAUAAACAUGCUGACAUUUUCCCCACAGCGUAGCUCAGCCGAGAUGUUCGACACAAGAGCAGGGAGAUGGGACCUGGCGGUGGGGAUGUGGCAGCUGGAUGUUCCACCUAACCAAAUCGUUGCAGUGGAUGGCAAGUUGUUUAGCUCCGGGGACUGUCUCAAGCCAUGGAAAGGUCACAUUGAUGUGUAUGAUGGGAAGCAGAACAUGUGGGACGAAGUGGAUGGAUCUCGUUUCCAAACUCUUAAUUCACCAGUCUCCACAUUAGGUGACAAUAACAAUGAAAAUUGGGCACAAGUGGAAAGACUUUACUUAACAAUGGCACCAAUAGGAAACCAUUUAUACUUCCUUGCAGGGUAUCGGAUGGCGGGUGAAUCACCACGAACAGUUUCAAUGGUCUACACAUUCGAUACAUUGGCAUCUGUUGAUCCAUGGAAGAGCUUAGAACCGACAGAGGAAGAUGGGGAGAAAGAGCUAUGCAGUCAUUGUUGUGUGGUUCAACUCUCGUAA